GUUUCCCCGCCGGCUCGACUCACUUUGUGUAGCUCCAAAAUGGCUGAUCAGGAGGUGGCUGUGAGAGAGUUUGUUGCGGUGACAGAUGUUGACGAGGAGCGGGCCCGGUUCUUCCUGGAGUCUGCCGGCUGGGAUCUGCAGCUUGCACUGGCCAGCUUUUUUGAAGAUGGUGCUGAUGACGAUAUUGUAACUCUUCCACCUCCAGAACCCAGCGCUGUACCCAGGCCGACUGCCCCUAGCGAACACAGAGUGACUUCCUUCAGAGAGCUAAUGCAGGAGGAAGAGGAGGAAAGCGAUGAAGAGGAGGGCCAACGGUUUUAUGCUGGAGGGUCAGAAAGAAGUGGGCAGCAAAUUGUCGGCCCCCCCAAAAAGAAGAGCUCGAAUGAGGUGGUGGAGGACUUGUUUAAAGGAGCGAAGGAGCAUGGGGCUGUCCCUGUGGACAGAGCAUCGAAAGGUCCUGGAGAAUCCAGCAAAGGACGAGUUUUUGGUGGAGGUGGCUAUCGUCUUGGUGCAACUCCAGAGGAGCAGUCUGCCUAUGUAACUGCGCAGAAGCGAUCCACAGAGCCAGCACAAGAUGUUCACGUGGUUCUGAAACUGUGGAAGAGUGGAUUUAGUUUAGAUGAUGGAGAGUUGAGGAAUUACUCUGACCCGGGGAAUGCUCAGUUUUUGGAGUCCAUCAGGAGAGGUGAGAUUCCCAUGGAGCUGCGGAGGCUGUCGCGCAGCGGGCAGGUGAAUCUGGACAUGGAGGACCACAGGGAUGAAGAUUUCUCAAAGCCUAAAACUUCUUUCAGGGCUUUCACUGGAGAGGGGCAGAAGCUCGGAAGUGUCGCUCCCCAGCUCGUGGGCGCAGGCUCUAAAUCCCAACAGGAAACUGAUGAAGCCCAGGCUAGCUCCUCCAUGGCAGUGAAUGAAUCCGAGGCCACCACCAACAUCCAGAUCAGGCUCGCCGAUGGGGGGCGCCUGGUCCAGAGGUUCAACCACACUCACAGGGUGUCGGAUGUCCGCCAGUUCAUUCUUGGUGCCCGUCCUUCCAUGGCUGCAGCUGAAUUUGUUCUAAUGACCACAUUUCCUAACAAAGAGUUAGCGGACGAGAGCCAGACCUUGAAAGAUGCAAACCUUCUCAACGCUGUGAUUGUACAACGGUUGAAGUGAUAGGACCCCACCCCUUCCCAGCCUGUGUAAAUAUGACCAGAGGAAACUCUCACUGGACUUUGUGUAGAAUAGUUCACCGGCUGGGGGUGAACUGCGGGACAUAACAAUAAAAAGAAUAAGAAAUAAUAAAGGCUUUUUAAAGAAACUUUCAUUACCAUUGAGGGUUCUUCAAUAGCAUUAGGUUUCUUGUUUAUUUGGAGUACAGGUAUUCUUAUGGCAAGCUCGUAACUUGACACCGCUCAUCUUUCACCUGUAAUUCAUUUGUAUUGAGCGGACUUUUCAAAAUGAGGCAGAACAACAGUAGUAAAGGAUGGAAACGCCCCGCGGAGUGAUACUGCUCUGAGCUUGCUGAUUACAUGCUGCUGCUUUUCUCUUCCAUUUCAUGUGUGUUCAGUACUUUGUUAUAUGUUGACUUAUGAAAACUUGUGAUUAAAAUGUAGCUUCAUGUC